UUGACUAGCAGCUGGAAAUUUGACUAGAUAGACAAUACACUGGUGGGAUAAUGUUUCCGGAACAGACAAACAAAGUUUAUCUUUAAAGAGAAGAAUAUCAAUAGAAGAGAUUGCUUCGAGCCUUUGGGACAAGCCAAAAAAAAUUUGUGUUUUCAUAUCAGAUAAAUUAAUUAUACAAGAUGAGUUUUUCUGAGAGAAAAGGUUCGAUUUUUACAUUACCAGCCACCCUUGUUGAAAAAAGCAGGACUCAAUCUUUCGAUGAAGCUCAAGAUUAUUUAACCCAAAAGAAAGCUAGCACACCAAAUGUUGUCGUCAAAAAUAAAAAAAAACGAUUAAUACCUACUCGUUACAUAAUUACUAUGCUGGGGUUCAGUAGUUUCCUCAUCAUGACGGCUCAGAGGUUGAACCUCAGCAUGGGUAUUGUUGCCAUGGUGAACCAAACAGCUCUGCAGGAGAUGUCAAUGGGAACGUAUAAACCUUCAGAAUGUCCGGCAAGAUUCAAGAUGCAUUCGAAUGACUCCACAGGAAAACAUCACCAAGAAGGCAAUUUGGUAUGGGACACAGUGACUCAAAACAAUAUUGUCAGUGCCAGUUUCUUAGGGUUGGUUCUAACUCAAACUCCAGGAGGGCGGAUGUCCGAAACUCUGGGUGGCAGGCAAGUGCUGGUCUUCAGCUUGGUGUUAGCUUCUUUAUGUAAUCUGUUCUCACCAAUAGCAACAGAUUGGGGACCUUAUGUUCUUAUGGCUACACAGUUCAUCAAAGGAUUGGCUCAAGGUUUGAUCAUUCCAGCUGUCAGCAGCCUAAUGGCGAAAUGGUUUCCAACACCAGAGAAAGGUCUUUUAUCAUCUAUCACAAUGUGUGGAUUUCCCGGCGGAGCUGUGGUUGGUGGCUUAUUGAUUGGAAUCUUAUGCAACAGCGAAUUUUUAGGAGGAUGGCCUCUGGUGUUUUAUGCCUUUGGCUUGAUGGGUCUGGUCCUUGCAUUCUUUGUCUACCAGUUCGGAUUUAACACUCCAGACGAAGAUAGCUGCAUUACAGAGAGUGAAUACAAAUAUAUUAUGAGCAAUCUUGACAGUCUAGACACAGAAAUGAAAUACAAAACUCCCUGGAAAGCAAUUGCAACUUCUGUUUCAACCUGGGCUGGAAUAAUUGGCAUGUUUGGUCAGUAUUGGAUCACUUACUUCUACCUGUCGGUUCAGCCUAAUUAUCUGGGAAAUGCUCUUCAUUUCAGUCAUAUGGAGAGUGGAUAUGUCAAUUCGUUGCCCUAUAUUGCUCAAAUUGUGGUUACAUGGGCUUCAAGUUAUUUCAGUGAUUAUGUAGCAAAUAAAGGCUAUUCCAGCACAGAUAUUAUGAGGAAAAUUUGCAAUUCAUUAAGUUGUAUUGGCUUCUCUUGUGCUGUAAUAGGAAUUACAUAUUCUGGUUGUGAUAAAACACUGAAUAUCACUUAUUUGGUCACUGGCAUGAUUUUUGCAGGAUUUGGAUAUCCUGCAAGUCAGAUUGCUCCUUUAGACAUGACAAUAAAUUUCGCAGGUACUCUUAUGGGAAUUAUAAGCACCUUAGCUAGUACAUCUGGAUUCAUCACUCCUUUAGUUGUUGGAUCGCUAACUAGUACAGAGCAAAGUUUGUCUCAAUGGAAUAUGGUGAUGUACAUUUCGGCUGGAAUCGUAUUCUCUAGCGGAAUAAUAUUUGCUUUGUUCGGCUCAGCAAAGAUUCAAGAGUGGGACAAAAUUACACCGAACGCAGACUUGGAAGGUGAAGAGAACGAAGCCUUCGAUGAAAAACCUGGGGAAAGUUGUAGCACAAAACCCCAUGAAUCAAAUGGUACAGAUAUGUCAUAUGUUGUGAUAGAUAGAUUAUAGUAGAAAAACAUUUCAAGUAAUGUCAGUGCAUCAUCUACUUCAGUGGAAAUAUCCACACAAAAUGCUAUCAGUUAUUAUCUCAAAUUCAUCAUAAAAAGGAUGCGGUAAUCAUCAGGUUGCAUAGAAUAUUAUCAUUUGAAAGAAUCAGUAUUGCUACUGCUUGUUUUUGAUUAACUCAACAAAUUUUAUCUGUUGAAAAUUAUUGAGUUUGCUCAAAGAUUUUAAUUUCAGAACAAAGAUAUUUAAGAAAGCAAAAUAUCCUCAUGAAAAUAGUCACCAAUAUUGCUAAGAUAUUUCUCAUAUUAGAGGAUUCAAUAUUGCAAUUUCUGAUUUCUUGGUGGCGUUUUGAAUUUUCUCAUAUCAGAGGAUAAAAUAUUGCAAAUCAUGAUUUAUUUGUGGUAUCACGAGUUGAUCAUUAAUUGAUGGUGAUUAUCAAUGAAAGAUGGAAAUUUUAGAUGAACCUGCUUAAUAGCUUAAAUUUUAGAAGAAGUUGCGGCUAUUUAAGAAAAAAAAUAAAAUCUUCAUGAAAAUGAAUCUUUAAUUGCUAAUAUUGUCCAGAUAUUUCUCUUAUUAGAGGAUUUAAAAUUGCAACUUCUGAUUUCUUGGUGGCAUCUCAAGUUGAUGAUUAUUUGAUGGUGAUUAUCAAAGUUCAGUGAGAAAUGGAAAUUUUAGAAGAAGCCAUUUAACAAAAACGAAAUUCCAUAUAAUGGUUCUUUAAUCUUAAAGAUAGUACUAACUCUUUGGAAGAUACAUUAUUACCACUUAUAAUUUUACCUUUGACUUCUCAAUCUUUUUUUUUCACCACCGUUCAUAUAGAAAAACAUAAUUUUAAAGUAAAAAUAUUUUUUAAAGUAUAUUAUCAAUAUAAGCAUAGUCCUUAAUGAUAUACUGGCAGAUAAAAGAUACAACAUUCACCCUUUCUUUUCAAAUAUCUUCUAAAGGUAUUGGUAGAAUCUCAAUCAGAACAAAUAUGGAGCCAGUUAUAAAUUUAGUAUCAUAAAUGCACAACAAGAAUGUCAGUUUCAGAGACGCCUAGCUCAACAGCUUUCAGAGACAUCUAGAUCUUCAAGUACGAAAAGGAUUUUUGAAAUAGAUAUAAAAUAUACCAUACCAAAUUUUAAGAGUAUGUGACUUGCUCUUUGAGAAGCCUAUAUAAUAUAUAGGAAAGAUCAUAUACAAUUAGCAUUAUACUGGUGUGAAUUAAAUAUGUGAUAGCAUUUGGAAACGUAAAGAUUUCUCGUUGGCUAGAGAAGCAUGUCGAAACUUUUAUUUGAUGCAACCGAUGUAUGCAUUUAUUCUAUGCAGAACAAAUGUUGGACGAAUUAUUAUGAAAUCUAUCAGAGCUUACUGACAAAUGCAAUUUGCCAAUAAACUGUGUUGUGUAAAAUGCUUAAAAAAAUAGCAUCGAUAUAUUUUUAGUAAUUAUAUCUAUUUGAAAUGGGAACAAUUUUCCAAUAAUUCCAAAUGAUCAAGAGGUACCAUGACAAAGAAGAAAUGUGCCAUCUUUUUAAUCAAUGCUGCCUUGUAGUAGCUUUGGAUUUUGGAGGUGGAAGUAUGAUUAGUAAGUACAAAUAUAUGCGACCAAAUUGCCUUUUUGGAACAUCUCCAAAAAAGUUGGUGGUCAUCUAUAUAUUUUGAUUGGAGGAAAACUAGGAAAAUGCUCCACAACCAAUCGUUGCAUGCAUCAGUUUAUGAAUAAUGUUGUUAAGAUCAUUAAGGGACGUAAUGUCAAUAAUUCAUGAUAUAUAUGAGGAUCAAUAAUUCAUGAUUCUCAGAUAUAUCAUGAAUCAUCCCAUUAGGCACCGAGAAUUGAGCAUGAGCAUGAAAUCACAACAACAUGAAAUAGGUGCCUUUUUUCUAUCUAUGAAGAAGAAUUAAGUGUACAAAAAAACGGGGAAGAUUAUUCUUUCAAGAAUUUGGAUAAUGCUAACAAUAAUAGUAAGAGAACGAAAUUAUCUGUUGCAAUCGUAUUUUCAAAUGAAGUUGAUUUUUUACUUUUGAUUUACUUUGACUGUUAAAUGCAUUCAGAAAAAAUUGUUUUGUUCAGGAAAUUGUUUUUUCAAUAACUGGAAUUCACAAGGAACAGCUUGUGUUUAGUGACUGAGAUAUAAAAGAAACAGAUUGUUUUCUGUAAAUGAAUAAUAAAAGGCAACGUUUGUUCUCUUCAUAUUUUUCAAGAUUGAAAAAAUAGUAAUGUACAGAGAAAUGGACCAACAGUAAUGAAAUCUAUGGUGUAAAUAAUCAUCGUAAUAUAUAUUGUUUUAUUUGUGAUGGAAUUCUGCAUGAUUUUUAUUCAUUCAUCAUUUGAAGCUCAUGAAUUU